AUGGUGAGUAGCCAGGGACAGGAGCUGGAGCCCGGACGGCAAUCCAGAAGAAGCUCAGACACCAAGGUGCCAUCCGACGGACUCUCUGAUGGAUCAACAGACGAUGCACAGAGGUCUCGCGUGCAAAGCAAGUCGUCAGACUUCAGCAAAUACGGACUCGAGGCCUUCGCUGCCACAAAAGCAAAGCGUGAGAACUGGUGCGACGUACGCGAUGAUGACGACAGCGACGAUCAAGAACUAUGGUUGUCUGCGUCGCCCUUCGGGAAAGUCGACUCUAUUGACUCCAAUCCAGCAUCGCCAGCCUCCCCGGCUACGCCAAGCGGCCGCUCUAAGAGGACUGCUCGGCGCCGGCGUCGCAGCAUCGGGGAAGAAGACCCCGGGCCCAGCAAGCCCUUGGAGCAAGCAGCGCAGCCUACGCAGCUGCCUGGAUCCGUGGUCACCAUUGCAGACAUCGGACUCCCGUGCGGCAGCGCUUCCCCUCCUCCUAGGCAGGGUCAUCCAUGCCCAGCCGUUGAGGCGUCUCCGUGGCAAGGUAUCAUGAGCACCUCGCCAAUCGAGCAGCCCAGGGCACAGCCAAUUUACCUGCCUCCGGGUGCUUUGGGCGUAACCCCAGCCCCCUGCGGAUCUCCAAUGAAUGGUGGCUCAGUCGCUACUAUCAUGCCCGUUGGUUCUCCGACUGGCGAUGCAUCCACGAGGACACUGCUGCCGCAGACGCCCACGAUCAUGCCCGUCGGGUCUAUGACGCCGAUGGGGUCUCCAAUGGCAGCGCAAGUGGCCAUAGACAUGUCUCGUCAGCCGGCUCCAGCACCGUGGCCACCAGUCGAUGCAGCUGGCUACCAGUGCCAGUGGUCUCCAGCAGGACAAGCUUGGGCACCGGACCCGAAUGCACAUUGGCCUGGCAUGGCGCCGCCUCACUGGGCACCAGGAGUGCCUCAGCCGGCGCCGUACCUGGUCAUGGGCCACGAAACGAUGCCACAAGGCAUGUAUGCCCCAGGUAUGGCAGGACCGAUGCCAAUGGUGCAUCAAGAAGGCUACGAGUGA